AAUAAAAUGUUAUUUCUCAUCUCCAUUUAUAGAUAUAUUAAUUAUACUCCAUUGCCUAAAAUUGAGGAUGCUAAACCUCUUUAAAAAUUACAAUAAAUUAUAGGUACCCCGAAAUUAUAAAGAAUGACACAAUUGCAUUUAAUCAGAGUGCAAUAUUUAAAGAGUUGAGCAUUCUGAGAAAUCAAUGCUUUUAAUCCCUCAUAAUUUUGCUCCUUCAAUUUCUAGAUACAUAUAUCAAACCAAUCAACACUUGUAUAGCGUCGACAGUUACGUCACCAGGUGAAUUACUCAUCUGAUAAAUAAAAACCUAAGAACCCAGCAUAAGAGAUAGUUCAUCGGUCAAAAUUCUCACCAUUGAGAAUAUCACAACCUUUCAAAGAAAAAAAAGUAAUAAAUGAUAAGAACCUUGGUCAAAACUUUUAGGCAAAUACUUAAAACUAUCGUAAGCAAUUACGAACAGUGAUAAGCCCAAUAAAUCGGUCUCGCUAAUAUUUCGAAAGAACACUCGACUGAACUUUGAAUGUUUUCUGUAAUGAAAUGAAAUUCAUGGUAUACUGGUGAAAUGGGCGACAAAUUUUAUAUAACUGUAAAUGAAGGUAAAAUCAAAGGUAUCAAGAAAACAUCGAUUUUUUCUGGAGUAGAAUAUUACUCCUUUCUGGGAGUACCUUAUGCUCAACCUCCAGUAGGAAAUGCUCGUUUCAAAGAUCCUGUGAGAAUAAAACCAUGGACCACCACAUUCGACGCGACUGUAGAAAAAGAAGGUUGCAGGCAUUUUUCUGUUCUAAAAAGAGGACUCGCAGGGUCUGAGGAUUGUUUAUACAAUAAUAUUCAUGUAUCCAAGGUACCAUUUCUCCUAAAUCCUGGAACCAAAGCAUUAAAAACUGUCAACUUAAUUCUAGCAAAUAUUUUUUUACUCAAUAAGAUUCCCAAUGAAAAUGAACCAUUGAAAGCUGUCAUAGUUAAUAUCCAUCCAGGAGGUUUUUUUCAUGGAUCUGCAGAUCCGAGUCAAUAUGGGUCACCUGACUUCGUCAUACAUCACGAUAUUGUGUACAUCUGCAUUAGCUAUCGAUUGCAUAUCUUAGGAUUUUUAAACCUCGGUUUGAAAGAGUGCUCAGGUAAUCAAGGAUUGAAAGACAUCAUAAUGAGUCUCGAAUGGAUCAGAGACAACGCAAUCGCUUUUGGCGGCGAUCCUAAUAAUGUAACCAUCAUGGGAAGUAGCAGUGGAUCAGCUCUUGUAAAUGCAUUAAUGAUUUCUCCACGAGCAAAAGGUUUAUUUCAUAAAGCAGUCCUAAUGGGGAUGUACGUAUUGAAUCCUGCCCUUAUUACUCUACAAGAGAAUGCCUCGAUUGCUUUUGAAAUAGCUCAAUCGUUAGGAUACGAAGGAGCGGCCGAAGAAAGAAAAAAAUUACUAUCUUUCUUCAAAAAAAUUCCCAUCGAAGCAGUCAUAGUGUUGAGACCAGAAACAUUACUUCACAAAGUGAAAAUGGCGAUGUUUCCUGCUUCGCCGUUUGUACCCACAUCAGACACAUCAGGAGAAAACCCAGUUUUACCUAUAUCGCUAAAGGAUUUAGUUCCAUCGACAACCAGAAUACCUAUAAUGGUUGGAUUUUGUGAAAAAGAAGCAGUUAUGGUGUUUCUCAAGGUAUUGAAAAGUUCAAUGGCGAAAAACUUUUAUUCCACUGUAACGCAAAAUGUCUGGGGAUGGGGGCAUGAUCUAACCGAGGAAGAUUUGAAAUUAAUUAAAGAGCAAGCCGAACAGUUCUACUUGAACGGAGAACCCACUGAAAGAGCAGCAUUAUCUGAUAGAUGCGAAAUUCAAACUGAUAUGGCUCUGUCGGAUGCGUAUGAUUCUCUGAUUAACAUCAUAGCUCGAGAUCUUCCUUCAUCGGCGUACGUUUAUAGGUUCGAUUUCGAAGGCAGUAUUCCCACGAUAAAAGAAAGAAUAAUGGCUCAAUUGGACGAACCUUUGAAGGGCACGGCUCACGCGGAUGAUUAUAGUUAUUGGUCAUUUGUAAAAGAUCAUUUGAGUAAAAUGGACUACAAUAUGUCACCGAAAACUCACGAAAUGGUUGAAAAAUUCACUAAAUUGAUAUGCACUUUUGCUAAAACAGGAAACCCGAAUUACGAAGGAUUGGAAGUGGAGUGGAAACCGUCAAGCAUAGAAAAUCCGCAUUAUUUGAGCAUCAAUGAUCCUCUAACGUCAAUCGAAGGUAAACUGAAUGGAAAACGGAUGGAAUUCUGGGAAAAUCUUAAGAAACAAUUCACAAAUGAAUAAAAUAUUUUUCAUCUCCAUUUAUAUACAAUUUUUCAAUACAAUACCGAUGCAAAAAAAUACUUAUUAUUUCAAUGCC